AUGGCAGCGAUGGUUGAACGGAAGCCACUUGAAGCACCGAAGAAUUUGUUAGAAGCAGUGUCCAUGUUAGCAGAAGCGAUGAAGCACGCUCACAUGGAGGCACGAGGCACGUGGCACCUCUUCGACUUGUCUAGGGCCAUCCUUCAUGCUAUCAUGGACAAGGGUAAGAAAACAGUGGCAAGAGAAUGCAGUGAAAGAAGCGAUUGUGUACAACUGAAAACCCCUGAAAUUCUAAAGGAGUUACACGAGUUUAAGACAUUGUUGACACGGACCAUGCUUUUCACUAGCAGAAAAGCGUUCGCUGUAUUCGACGAGGAGGAUGUGCUCCUAAGGAAGACAACAGCACGGAUUCUAAGGCCUGCUUUCACAGUUAUACGUGACAGAAAAUCAAAAAGUUUGAUUGUGUUCAUCCGGGGAACUCGUAGCCUAAGAGAUAUGUUGACAGAUGCACUGUGUGCUCCCAUCUCCUUCGAACACAUCAUUUACAGCCAUGGCAGUGAGCAAAGUGGGAACAAGAAGGUUUCAGGUCAUGCACACCGUGGUAUGGUUGCUGCAGCUUUAUGGGUUAAAAAGCGUUGCAUUCCUGUACUUCUUGAUGCUCUUCAACAUCAUCCCGACUUCAAAAUCAAGAUUGUUGGACACUCGCUUGGUGGUGGUACUGCUGCACUGUUGACAUAUAAGCUUAGAGAAAUACCACAGUUCUCUUCAAGCACUUGCGUCACGUUUGGCCCAGCUGCUUGUAUGACAUUGGAAUUAGCCGAAUUUGGGAAGCCCUUUAUCAUUUCCGUUAUAAAUGGUUCUGACAUGGUGCCUACAUUGUCAGUUUUUUCUGUUCAUGACUUCAUUUCUGAGGUGCUCAAACUAGUGACUAAGAUGGCUGUUAGAAAAUGA